GCAUCACACUACCAGUGAAUUCACUGACAACUGACAGGCUGUGACGUAAAAAUUACGUCACAAAGUCGUCAGUGUGGUUGCGCGUAGUGUGAUAGCCAGUUUUGGGACGUCAGUGAAGUAUGUCAGUGCACUGACGUGUUCACUGACAAGCCGAAAUUGCGUCAGUAACUGACACGAAAAAUGGCAAGUGUGAUAAGUAGUCACUGACACAUGGGACAACUGGCAGACUUUUUUGACAAGAGCGUCAGUACACUGACAGUGUCCCAUCACUGACAACCCAUGUAAUUUCAUGUGCUGUCAGUGUUGAAAUCCUGUCAGUGAACUGGCAGGUUUUUUUGAAAUUUGUAUGUUUUCUGCAGGAGGUUUUAUUUAUAUAAAAUGAGUGGAGGCAAUAACAUGGCUGAUUCCGAAGCAUCCAUUAAAGCCAAGAAGCGGGCUAAGCGUGAGAGGGCUAUGAACCAUAAGUGGAUAUUUGAGCAGGAGACGUUUCUAAUAGAGCAUGUGGAAAAGCGACCACCGCUUUGGAACUGCACCCACCAAGACUAUAAAUGCGCAAAUAUAAAAAGUGAUUUGUGGGGGGAAGUCGUGAAGGAAUUAAACAUCGACACGAUCAAGAUCGAAGAAGCAAAAAUAAAGUGGAAUAAUCUACGAAGCAAUUUUAAAGCUUUUUUGAACAAGCAACGCACCAAAAAAUCUGGACAAGGUGCUAUAGACGGAACCGCUACAGCUAAAUACCCCCAUUAUUCGGAAUUGAUGUUUUUAGAAUCGGCCGAUGUGCAGCAGUCAUCGCAGUCCAUCUCCACGUUGGAAUUGGAUAAUCCUAUGACCGAUCAAACCUUUUUGAACGAUUUGGGUCAAGCGGCAGCAACGCAGGCGACAGACGACAAUAGAGAUGCACCUCCCCGGACUCCGACAAAUAUCUUUCAACAUCGCAAGCGAGCAACAUCAAAAACAUCCGUUAUGCCAUCGCCUACACCUUCACGUUCUGCAAUGAUUAAAGAUUCGGCCCUAAAUUUGCUGAACAAAUUGGAAGACCGCUCUGAAACCAUCAUACGCAAGGACCAUUUUUGUGUUUUCGGUGACCUUAUUGCGGGCCGUUUGCGAAUGCUAAGGCCGGAGCAAGCGGAACAAAUGGAGAUGGAAAUAACGCAGACGAUGUAUAGCUGCUUGCAGUCCUUUCGAGCUUCAGAUUCACAAAGUUUUGUCAUAGUUGACGUCGACAGCAACAUUCCGGAGUCAUCAACUUCGCCAGCUGCUCUGUCUCCAUCUACCGUAUCCCGUGUCAUUCGGCCAAAACCGUCCCGGUCCUUGGGGUUGCCGCUUCCACCACGAAAUGUGGAGAAACUGCCAUUGGAGCCAAAAAUUGAAUCGGCAAAAACGGUCCAAAUGCGUACAGAGACUAUUUUCUUGGAUGGUACGUGGACUGACUUGGAUGAUAUGGAAGUUGAAGAACUUAUUGAAGAAUCGCCACCACCAAAAUAAUCUUUAAAUAAAU